AACUCAUCCUUUUUCUACAAAAAGGAAAAACGAUUACGGAGAACUGAACCCGAUCUCUUUGGUUUUCCACCUUCUACAUCACAGAAAUUAGGAGAAAUCAAUAGCAUGGCGGUACACGAGGGUUCGAGCAUGCUCAAGAAGAAGUCAAGUGAUGGCUCGGAUGCUAUAUCCACUUUCAAUGUCGAAAAUAUGCAGAACAAUACGAGAAUUAUUAAUUACAGCCGCACGUUUAUGUCUAUCAUUGGUGGAGUUGUUGCGGGAAUUUUGGGGUUCACGGGCUUGACGGGGUUUAUCUUCUAUUUCAUUGUCAUGGCUAUUACAACUGUGGGCCUUGCUGCUAAGACCGGGUUUGCUGUUCAUUCUUACUUCGAUAGCUGGAAUCGGAUUGUAUUUGAUGGAAUCCUAGGCGGACUACUGUCAUUCGUGUUGUUCUGGACAGUCCUUAUCCAGGAGAAGGGAUUUUUUACGAGACAUGCUGAUUCGGUUCAUCUACUAGUUGAUGCACUGUAUCAGGUGGUGAGACACUCGUAUUUUGUUCCAUGUAGUUCAGCAUCAGACCAUAAAGUAAGUUGGUGUGUAGAAAAACACAAUAUAUGGGCUUCUCUUUUCAUGAAAGAAGUUUAUUUAACUAGUUUCCUUGAGCUUAUCUCAUGUGUUGAAUGUGUUCCUGGAGACAACAUGCGGUGAUUUAUGUUUUGUGUUUUCGUUUCGGUGAAGGUUUUGCUUGCUUUCAUUUUCUAGCGGAAACAAUUUUAAUUGUUUUACGAAAGAUAAAAGAAUAAAUUGUGGGCAAUGAUGAUGUUUUCUGAAUGAGCAAAAAUAUGC